AUUGAUAAACCUUCACAAAAUUCACAACAGGGAGAGAUUGUAAACGUGUUGUGUGUGUGUGUGUGUGGCCAAGGCAUCAACUCAUCAUCCAGUCUGGAGAGAGAGGAGAACACCAGCUCCACGGAAAAACCGUGGAAAUGCGGGGACUGUGGAAAGGGGUUCAGCUCCCCAUCAAAGCUGGAAACCCAUCGACGCAGUCACACCGGGGAGAGACCAUUCACCUGCUCCGAGUGCGGGAAGGGAUUCACUCAUUCCUCCAACCUGCUGAGACACCGGCGGGUUCACACACAGCAGAUUUCACUCAUCUGCUCGUUGUGCGGCAAAGUAUUCAGUCACUCCUCAAGCCUUCUGAGACACCAGCAAAUUCACACCGGAGAGAGGCCAUUCACCUGCUCUGAGUGCGGAAAGGGGUUCACACAGUCAUCCUACCUGCUGACACACCAGCGCAUUCACACAAGGGAGAGUCUUUUUAUCUGUUCCUUCUGUGGGGACGGAUUUAAUCGACUGUCCAGAUUUCUGAAACACCAGCGGAUCCACACUGGGGCCAGCCCAUUCACCUGCUCUGUCUGCGGAAAGGGAUUUAUUCGGCCAUCAAAACUACUCACACACCAGUAUAUUCACACCGGGGAGAGGCCAUUCACCUGCUCCAUAUGCGGCAAGGGAUUCACGAAUUCAUCUGACCUGCUGACCCACCAGCGCGUUCACACAGGAGAGAGGCCGUUCACCUGCUCUGCAUGCGGCAAGGGAUUUACUCGAUCAUCCCACCUUCUGACACAUCAACUUGUUCACACUGAUCAGAGACCUUUUCAAUGCUCUGACUGUGAGAAGACCUUUAAAAGUCGAAGGAAUCUGCUGACACACCAACGGGUUCACACCGGGGAGAGACCGUUCACUUGCCCUAUCUGUGGGAAGGGAUUCACUCAGUCAUCCUCUUGUCUGACACACCAGCGAAUUCACAAGUGAUUGCAAGGGUUUGUUCCUGCUGUUAUUAAUUGUGUUCAUCAUUGGGGCUUAUUUCGACUGACAUUAAUAAACCAUAGCAGAUUGCUAUUUAACAUGCUGGAGAAAUGCCACAUAGCAGAUUCGUUCUAAAUAUAUUAUUGUAGAGACCUAACUAUCCCUGAACUUUCCACUGAGUGUUUGACAUAAUCUGACUGGAGCUCAGAAAGGACAGGCUUGUCGGGAGAAGGUCAUAUGGCAGGAACAAAGCAGUCCUUCAGGGUUACAUUGAGAGGGCAAAUGGCACUUUGCUGUCAAUGAUGAGAGAUGAGAAAGACCAAAGGGUCAAUCUUGAGGUGUGCUCCAGCUACUGUUAUAGCAUCAUAGAAUCUCUACAGUAUGCAAACAGGCUGUUCAGCCCAACAAGUCCACCCAAACCCCUACCAUAUCACUC